UGCCCAUCCACCCCUGUUCUUACGCUUGUCCUCGCUCGGAGAAAGCUCUACGUCCACGCGUCGCCCGCACAAUCGCGUACCGUUGAGCUCCUCCACGGCCUUGAUGGCCUCUUUGAACGACUCGAAAAAUACGUAGGCGAAGCCCGGAGGAUCGUCAGCCAUCCACACGUUGGUGAUGGGCCCGUACUCGCGACACCUUUCCCUGAUCUCUUCCUUGUCGCCUUCCCUCACCCCACUCCUGUCCAAGUUGCGGACGAUCACACGAGGAACACUCAUAGUCUCUUUUGCCGAUGAUCACUCAAUCAGACACAAGAUUGGUUGCAGUUUGACAACGAAAGAUGAAUAGGUUUUCUCUGGUUCGCCCCUUGGCUUUUCUUUAUCCGCUUCACUUUUAUCGCGUGGUCGUCACGUGCGCUUUGCAGGAAUAUUGUGGGCGGGGCACGAGAUGCGCAGUGACAGUGCUGGGCGUUUUCUGCAGAUCUGAGGAGAUGAAGAAAGUGCUGGAAACCUCGUCGACAAAGCGCGGGUUGCGCGCCGGAGUCACGGCCGGACGCGGCGUCAAUGUCACCCUUGCGUUCAUCUUCUUCAUUCUGGUGAUCCUCUCUCUGGUAGUGGUCGGCAGCCUUGCAAACCUGCACAACAAAUUGGCCGACUAUCCCGAUCGCUCGAACAGUUCCGCCCUCGUCUGCAUCCUUUUCUCCGGUCAGGAGAGCGGGCGCUUCGAGUACGGCCACUCGGACGCGUGCAACGCCGAGGUCAACAGUUUCGCGGUCCUGGCCGGAAUAUUCGUGGCGUUCCUUGUGGUGUCUGUCGUACGGGCCGUGGUGGCUGCAGACAUCUGGUGUACAUCGGUGUUAGAGUGUGCUGUGGUCGCAGUUUUGGCCGUCUUUUCCUUCUGCCUUGGACUGGUCAUCACUAUUGGUCUCUCUCAGACCUGCAACACACUUCUCGAUAUCAACAAGGAAGAGAACAACUGUGACCAAAAAGUCCCAGAUGACAAUAAUGGUGUCAAGUACUAUGACGCAGUAGACUCAGCUCAGGCCUCUGUUUGGAUGACUUUCUUCCUCCUUCUCCUGCUUACUCUGGUCUACGGAAUCAGGUCAUUCAUCUAUGUGUAUCGGCUCAGAUCAAAGAAUUUCUCCCCCGACACUCAACCAGUACUGAAGAGGGAUGGACUCGAAGAGUCACAAACUAAACCAAUUUGA